AUGUACCUACCGCCGCAUAGCGAGCGUAACCCCACGCAGUUCGACUCUCCUUUUGAGCGCAUCGAGCAAUCAGACGAGCCUUGCACGCGGCGCAUAGGCGUAUUCACCAGCCAGAAACCGUGCCAUUUGCUGGAGAGCGGACUAUGGAAGCAGCUCAGGCCCCCGGGGGCCAAGCACUCGAACAGCUCCUCGUCUGAGCUGAGCUGA